UGAAGAUUCAAGCAACAUGUCCGCACAGCCCGAGAAGAUCAACGUUCUCAUGGUAUGCCUCGGCAAGUGAGUUGUAACGACAAUGGCCAUAUGCUGCAAGCUGAUCAAUGAGUGACCUUUACUCUACAGUAUCUGUCGUUCACCAAUGGCAGAAGCCGUGCUGAAGCACCAGAUCACUGCACGACCCGAUAGCUUCAAGGCCAGAUUCGAUGUUCGAGUAGAUUCCGCUGGUACAGGAGCGUACCAUGAAGGAGACUCUGCAGACCCGAGAACGGUCGCGGUGUGCCGAAAACACAAUGUCCCCAUAAAUUGUAUUGCCAGGGCCGUCGAAAGACAAGACUUUCAGAAGUUCGACUACAUCCUAGCCAUGGACCAAAACAACCUCGAAACACUCUUGCACAGAAAACCAGCGGGCUCCAAAGCCCAAGUCUCCAUGUUUGGCUCCUUCGACCCCUCCGUCCCCAAAGCCAACCAGGGAUCUCACAAAACCCGUGCCAAAGAAAUCGACGAUCCAUACUAUGGCGGGCGAGAUGGGUUUGACAAGAGUUUUGAAAGAUGUACAAAGUUUGGGGAUGGGUUUUUGGAUUAUCUAGAGACUAGAGCUUAGAGAGUGCAGUAGUCAGAAUAUGCAUCAUACAGUACAAAGA